AUGAAAGAUAAAGAAUUAUCUGAUUUUGAACGGCGGCGGCGCUCCGGCGGCAAGGGCGAGCGAGCAGGCACGCGGCGGGCAGGCAAGGCGAGGGAGCGGGGCGGCAGGCGAGCAGGUCAGCGCUGGCCUGCAGCGGACAAGGUGCGCGGCGGCCAGCGCGAGGGAGUGGGGCGGCCGGCAAGCAGGCCAGCGCGCGACGCCGGCCAGCCUGCGGCGGACAGGGCGAGCGGCGGCCAGCGCGAGGGAGCGGGGCGGGCGGCGAGUAGGCCAGCACGCGGCGGCAGGUUGGGCUGCGUCGGGGCGGAGCGUGCCACCAGUGAGAAGUCGCAGGCGGCGUCCGAGUCGUCGGUGGCGACCACGGCUACGGGACCCGAGCGGCCCCCGGAGAAGCCAGCGAGGAAGAGGGCUGUCGUGUCCGGCGAGCUCGGUCGCGGUAGGCGCGACCUUGGUCCUGCGGUUCCAGGCGCCGGUCGCCCUGAAGGAGGCCGCGCGUCUCCCUCGCCGCCACCGCCACCGGGGAGGUCCCCGUCACCUGCCGUGAAACGACCACCGGACCAGCGCCGCGCCACCGCCGCCACCGGUGCCGCAUCGUGCCCGCAGCGGAAGCCACCCGUCCCCGCCCCGAGGCCGUGCGGCCGCGCCUCGCCGCGUCGCGCGCACGACACUCCCCCACAGCAGCACUCGCUGGCGUCGUCGACUACCACCAUGCAAUCGCGCGGGCCUCCUCCGCAUUCCUCGCCUCCGCCUCCUGCCGCCGACGGCGACGGGAAGGAGUCGCUGGACAACCCAUCGGUCGCAAUGGAGUGCUUCAUAUUCAUGUAGCACUACUAAUCCCAUUCAGUCCAGCCAGCCAGUAAUUAAUCACUCCAGUGCUAAUUAGGAGUAAUUAAGCUGAGGAGGUGUUCUUGAUAAUACCGUGAUCACGCUGGUAAUUAAUUUCGUCCCUGGCGAUGGAUUUUUUUAAUCCCCAGGAAGAAACCAA